UUUAGUUGAUUUGCAAUGUUGCAACGAAACAAAAUAGAGAGGCGUCAGUUUGUCUUGGUCAUUUAAAUUGUUAGCAAAUUUGUACUGGGAUAAUUUUUUUUUUCGGAAAAUUCUUUAUUUUUGACAUGGAUAUUAAUUUUACACUUGUGACGGUGACAUCUGGCCAUCUUGCAGUAUUGUGAAUAAGGUGUGACUUUAAAAUAAAAAUAAUUAAAAAGUGUAAACAAAUACAGAAUACUUUAAAAUAGAAGAGAUGAAAGUAACCCAAAAAUUAGCAAUGAUAUCUAUUUAGUUGCAAUAUGCACAUUGCAUUGUCCUUGAAGUUGAAGGUUAUCAUCUAACUCGUUUGUCAUUAUCUAUGAACAUCAUUUUCAAAGAAAGUGAAUGACUUUUUUCGUGAUGUAAUUAAAUGAAAUUUCGUGGGACACUGUGGCGAAUACGUACUAUUAUACUAGUUAUACUAUCCAGUCUAGUCCAAAAAAAAAACUCAUCAAAAUGAAAACUAUGUUUUGGAUAAUAAAGCUACCAAUUGUUGGUAUAGCUAUGGGCUUUAUAACUUUUAUUAUAAGUUUUCUAAACCUCGUUGAAAUUAUUGACCACUUCAAUAAACAAAAACAUAGACUUCCUGGGUUCAUAUUUUUUACUGCAAACGAAAACAUAUUGAAAUGGGAAAUUGCUAUUUAUUCUAUGUUUUUAAUUUCGGGUCUUUUUCUUAUAAUUGGUACCAUCAAGAAAAUACAUCAAAUAUUCUUACCAUGGCUGAUUUUAACAGCCUUUGGAAUUCUAUAUGGAGUUGUUUGUACUAUAUUCCAAUUAUUCCUUGCCAUGGGUAGCGUUUACUUUUUUGGCAAUAACUUGUGGAUUGGUGCUAUUGGUCUAAUUUUCUUAAUAAGUUUCUGUAUUUAUGUAUGGAUUGGAAUUGUGCAAUUAUAUUCCAACAUUUAUGAGGAAAAAGAAAGUGAAACUGAAGUAGAUCCAGAGAAGCUAUAGCCUGCUGAGAAAAUGCCUGUA